AUGUCAGUUGAUGAUCUCGGGGAUUAUGGUUAUGUAUUAGAAGUUGAUGUAACAUAUCCGCAUCACCUUCAAGAUAAACAUACCGAUUUACCAUUUUUAGUAGAGAAUAUAGUUCCAUCUAAUUCCAAAACUGAAAUCCCCAAACUGGUUCCCAAUUUGAAUCAUAAAGACAAAUACAUAUUACACUACAGAAACUUUAAAGAGGCCAUAAAUAAUGGACUAAUUGUUACUAAAAUUCAUCGCGCCCUCAAGUUUAAGCAGUCUCGUUGGCUGAAAAAAUAUAUAGAUCUUAAUACAAAUAUGAGAAACAAUGCUAAGGACACAUCCGAGAAAAAUCACUUUAAGCGAAUGGUCAAUAGUGUGUACGGGAAAACUAUGGAAAAUGUGGAUGACAGACGCGAUAUUUACCUUAAAACUCACUGGGCUAGCAAGAGAAAUUCCCCGGGGGCAAACAACUUAAUUGCUAGACCGAAUUUUGAGUCUUGUUCCAUAUUUUCAGAGAACUUUGUGGCUAUACAUAUGGGUAGAACUAAAAUAUGUUAUAACAAACCACUGUACGUAGGUUUCACGGUGUUGGAGUUGUCAAAAUUUGAUUUUUUGUACAAUAAAAAUGCCCCAGUUAUUGAUGACCAAGUAGCAUCCAUAUCGUCAGCUGCUCCAAGUAAACGUCAACAUAUAGAGGUGGAAGAGGAGGAAUUAAAUAAACAAAAACAAAAUGACAAAUUCGGAGAAUUAUAUUUGAAAACCAUUGCUACAAUACAAGGAAAUGGUCAGAUAAUAAAUACCAGACCCUUAGGCAUAAAAAACAGUAUAGACUCGUUGAAAGAUGCAGUUAAUGUAAAAACAUGCAAUUGUUACAAAUAUUCAAAAUAA